AUUGUUUGCGCACCGAAUUGACUUAAUCAGUUGCGAGUUGGAAGUUUCGGUUUCGUGGUGUCUGAGGUCUAUUUUCGAAUGGCAGGUUGCCCUGCACAAGUGCUGCAGAUUGAGCCGAAGUGUGAACUGGUAUUUGAAGGUCCUUUCGUCGAUGUAGUAACUUCUUAUAUCAAAUUGACGAAUCCUUUGGACCGAGCUGUCGGGUUUAAGAUCAAGACAACAGUGCCGAAAUGUUAUUGUGUAAAACCAAGCAACGGAUAUAUAGAACCUCAUCAAACUGUAGAAGUUGCAGUAAUGCUCCAGCCGUUCAGUUACAAUGCCGCAGAAAAAUUUAAUCAUAAGUUCAUGAUUCAGUCUAUCAUUGCUCCUGAUGACCCUCGCCCUGCCAUGGAGCAGUUGUGGAAGGAUGCACCUCUUAGCAAGCUCAUGGAUUCACGGCUCUUUUGUCUUUUGCGUUUGCCUGAUGAGCUUCAUGUUGAACCUAGCCGGGAUUUAGUCUUCGAAGGUCCUUUUGUGAGACCUGUUACAUCUAUUGUGAAACUGACCAACCCUUCUUCACAGUUUGUUUGCUUUAAGAUUAGCGCAUCGUCCCCAGAUCACUUUUUUGCCACCCCCAGUACAGGUGUUAUGUAUCCCCAUGAAAAUUUGGAGGUCUCAGUUGUGUUUCAUCCCGAUGAUUUCGACUUUACAGCAAAAAAUCGUGAGAGAAUGUUAAUUCAAUCUGCCGUUUCUGCGGAAGAAGCAGAUCCAAAAAAAGAUCAAACAGCUUUGAUUAAAGAAGGAAAGGUGACGGAUUAUUACCUAAAAUGUGUGUUCAAAAACACAGGCAUUGUGGAAAGGAUAGAAGUUAGCAAACAACAAACUGCGUCUUCUAAACCUGUACAUGAUACUGGUGCGACCCAGACGGAUAUCGAAAAGUUAAUGGCUGAAAUAUCUGCUCUUCGCCAAGAAAAUGCUGCACUGAAGGAAUCGGAUCUCCAUUUACGACGUACAGCAGCUGUCUCAGAUACAUGUCGAAUGCCUACCGAAUCUGGUGCCAGAUCAAUGCCUAUCAAUGGAAGCCGUCAUCAUAAUCAAGCCAGAGCUGAUACUUUUAGUAACAUCCCACCGAUUUUAUAUUUAAUCACAGCUUUAAUCAUUGGUCUCUUUGUGGGUCGCUUUGUUUUGUAAAUGAUAUGCAAACUUACUACUAUAGUUAUGCUGAAUCAUUGAUAAUAAUAGUAAUAAUUCUUAUCAUUAUCAUUGCGUGAAAUUUCUUCAAAAUUCAUUCAUAUACUUUCUCAGACAUUUUUUUUUUCUCAGUUUGUAUGUGCGUUUAUGUUUAUCUUUACUUAUUAUACAUUUCUGUAUUGAUAAAAGAUUAAUACUAUUUGUUCUAGUUAGUUAUUCAAUAUUUUAUUUUUACCACUUUUCAUGCUUAAAAAAAAAUAUUCCAACAAAUUUCCAUAAAAAGUUUUUCAACUGAAUUAGAAUACUCAUCAAGACAUGUGUAAACUUAAAAAGGUGGGUACUUGUUUUAAUUUACUUUGAGAUAAUUACACUUUUUGUUGUUAUUGUUGUUGUUGUUCUUUUUUCUUCUUUCUGUGGUUAAAUAAAAAAAAACCCGAAUAAUAUAUCAUGUAUUAAAAGUGAAAAAAAAAAAAAAGGGUAAUUAAUCAUCUUAUUAAAGGGUAUGUUUAUAUCACUAAAUUUGUUAUAUUUAUUGUGAUGUGUUAUGUAUUUGUAUGUAUCUUGCUUCACUAUUCCAACUAAUUAGUUAUUAAAUCUGAGGUGUAAUAUCUUGAAAAAUGUUUGAUCUCUUCAAGUGAACCAAUUUUUGUGU